AUGGUUGAACAGUCGAAAUGGUUAUUUCAACAAGCUACAAUCGAUAUGAAAUCACAAAUUGCAUCAUCCUAUCAUAAUAGAAGAGGUUAUUACAAGUUUGAAGGUAUUGGUUAUGGUGAAUCAAAUCAUCAUGAUGAUUAUAAUAAUAAUAAUCAAGAUGAUGAUAGUAUCGAAGCAUUCUUGAUUGGUAAUGAAAGAGCAAGUCAAUUAAAAUCAGAGUAUUUUCAAGCAAGAGGUAUACCUAAAAAGGUAUGGUCACAAUACUCUGAUUGUCAAUUCAAUCAAUGGCCAUCUUCAACUAUCAAUAAUAAUAAUAAUAGUGGAUUUCAAAGAGUACAUUCAAAAAAUAGUAUUAAUAAUAACGAUAAUGAUCAACAAUCAACUUUGAUGAAUAAUAGAGAUCAAUUAUUUAAAUCAACUAUUUUAAAAUAUUUUGAUCAAUGUUCAUCUAUAUCAUUAUCAAUCGUUCAAUUAAUAUCUAUGUCUUUAGGAUACAAAAAGAAUGAUCUUGACCAUUUAUUCUCUAAAAAUGAUCAUACCUUGGAAUUAAAACAUUAUCCACCUUUAAAAUCAAUAUUAUCUCAACAAGAGCAACAACCACAACGACAAUACAUAAGAAUGAAUGAACACAAAGAUCUAAGUUGCUUAACAUUAUUAUUACAAAACAAACGAGUAGAUGGAUUAGAAUUAUAUGACAAUGAUUCAAAUACUUGGAUACCAGCUCCACUGAUUGAUGAUUGUUUUUUAGUUAAUACUGGUGAUAUUAUUGAAAAAUUAACAGAAGGAGUAUUCCCAAGUACACUACAUCGAGUAGUAAAUAAUCCAUCAACAUCAACACAAUCAAGAUACAGUGCUGCAUUUUUCUAUGUUCCAAAUUGGGAGAAAUCAAUCGAUCCUCUUUCAUCAUUGUCAACCAACAAUAACAACAAUAACAACAACAAUGAAAAUCAAGAUAAUAUUAAAAAAAAAAUUCACUCAGUUUUGGGACUACCAAUUACAUCAUCACCAAUCGACCACAGUGAAAGGUUUACAAAGAAAACACUCGGUCAAAGAUAG